GCUGUUUACCAAGACUUGUUAAGAGGUAGCGCUAUGUUGGUUUCUUGUCAAGAUGACGGGACAUUCAGAUUGCAUGGUUCGUUCCGACAUAACGAUGAGUUGUACCACAUGAGCCACUCUAACGUACUCGAGCCUUCUCCUCACCAUUAUGUUCAGCGUACCCCACCCACCAACAAAAAAUUCAAAAAUGACGGUGUCAUGCCACCUCAAGAAGUCAUUGACGAACUACGAAUGUCGGGAUCUUCUUCCCGCCAACGGAGGGACGACCCACCCAUUCCUGGUGGAAACAUUGUGGAGCUUCUAUUCACCGUUGAUAAGGCAUUUUACAAGGAGUAAGUAAUCGUUGAAAAAUGUUCUUCGGUGCUAUAUAUUUUUACAGGUUCUGUUGUUUAGUCAUUUAUUUCUUUUUUCUUAUCUAAAUUUAUUUUCUAAUUGGUUAAGACAGUCUUUCUCACAGCGAGAUAAUUACGACAUUUCCGCAAUCCUCGGUUACAGAUUAAAGUGGAAAUUGUGUCGCCGAAAGUAGAAAGACCAUCUUUUUUUUGUUAUGACGGAAAAUCAUCUCUGGUAUAUGUCUAAUAAUUGCUUCAAGGCUAGACGAGAACUUUGAUAGAAAAACAGAUCGUUCGCAAGCCACCCUGACGUUCAUUUUAGCUCGUAAAUAUUCGUAACUUAAUGUGACUCG